AUGGCGAGCAGCGGCCAUAUGCAUAACUUCACCACCCUGAUCAAGCGGCUCGAGGCGGCGACCUCCCGCUUGGAGGACAUGGCGAUGUCCAUAGAUGACCCCAACUCUCCAAAGGACAGCAGUACUCCUGCUGCUGCUACACCUGCAGUUCCCGAGCCUCCCAAGCCUGCUCCCCCGCCACCCGCAGCUCCAGCUCCCGCUCAACUCCCGCCGCAGAUCCAAGACUUCGACAUCUUCAUUAAGGAUGAUGUCCAGAAGUUCGCGAAUCUGGGUGAGAAGAUUGGAGGACUGAUUUCAGAGCAGUCUCAAGCUGUCCUUCAGGCCUUCCAGGCUCAGCGCACCUACCUCUACGUCACAACGAAGGCUAAGAAGCCCGAGCCUCAGCCCGCAGAGCUUAUGACCGACCUCCACAAGGCUUCCGAUAAAAUCAAUAACGUUCGUGAGGCAAACCGGGCCUCCCCGCUAUCCAACCACUUGACUGCCAUCUCGGAAGGGACCAUGGGUCUGGGCUGGUUCUUUGCACCCAAGCCUGCUGCUUUCAUUGAGGAGAUCAUUGGUGGUAUCCAAUACUACGGCAACAAUGUGCUGAAGGAGUACAAAGAAAAAGACCGCACACACGUCGAAUACAUCCAAGCAUACUACCAGAUCUUCAAAGCGCUUCUGGCCUACCUCACAAAGUACUACCCAGGUGGCUUGACCUGGAACAACGAGUCCGGGGUCUCGGCUCUUGAGGCCCUUCAACAGAUCAAGGGCGGAUCUGGCGCCCCAGCUGGAGCAGGACCCGUUCCUCCUCCCCCUCCCCCUCCACCUCCCCCGCCUGUCCCAUCUCUAAACGUCCCUGGCGGUGGUGCUCCCCCUCCCCCUCCUCCCCCUGGCAUUCCACCUGCACCCGCUCCUUCAGCCCCGGGAUCAGACAUGUCCGCCGUGUUCGACCAGCUUAACCAGGGUGAACAAAUCACCUCUGGCCUCCGCAAGGUCGACAAGUCCGAGAUGACGCACAAGAACCCUUCUCUGCGUGCUGGCUCCACUGCGCCGGAAGGCUCCAGCGCCAACCGCGGCAAGUCACCGGCCCCUAGCAAGAAGCCCAAGCCGGAAAGCAUGCGCACGAAGAAGCCUCCCCGUAAGGAGCUGGAGGGUAACAAGUGGCUGAUUGAGAACUUCGAGGCUCCGGAUGAGAUUAUCGAAGUCUCAGCGGCACAGAACCAGUCUCUUUUGAUCUCGCGUUGCAAUAAGAGCAUUGUUAAGGUUAACGGCAAGGCAAAUGCUAUCGCUAUUGACAACUGUACUGGCCUGUCUAUUAUUGUCGACUCCCUUGUUAGCAGUUUGGAUAUCAUCAAGUGUCCUAAAUUUGCGCUUCAGAUCGAUGGUAUAGUCCCCACUGUCCUGCUGGACCAGGUCGAUGGCGCUACUAUCUAUCUCGGACAGCAGAGCUUGGCUACUGAGGUCUUCACUAGCAAGUGUAGUGCUGUGAACAUUAUGCUUCCACCCAAGGAGGGAACUGAUGAUGAUACUAAGGAAUGUCCUUUGCCGGAGCAGCUGAAGAGUUACAUUAAAGAUGGUGUUCUGGUGAGCGAGAUUGUCGAGCAUGCUGGCUAA